UAAAGUUUUAAACUGAUUUAUUUGUUUAUAUUGUAUAGUUUCAUUUGAAAUGAUGAAAGUGAAAUUGCUGUUUUUCGUUGUCUUUUCAAUAAUAUUAGAGGUCCGCGCUCUUUCCACAGUGAAAGACUGUCUUGGAACCAGCUUGACAAAUUAUGAAUAUGCAAACCUUCCAGGUAUCGGAUGGGACAACUUAUUGAACGAAAACCGCGGGAAAAUAAUUCAGUACAAGUAUUCUCAAUGUAAAACAACAGAUGAUGGCUUAUACCUAAUACCGGACAAUGUGUUCGUGUUACAGGUCAAAUCUAGCAGUGUGGACAUUUUCUCAGAAAUCAUUGACAACUGGAAGAAUUACACGUCUGCUACUUCUAAAUCGAUCAACGUUGGCGGGAAUGUUGGUAUCCCGUUCAUCUUUGAUAUCCAUGGGAGCUAUUCUUCAGAGUAUCAAGAGGUAAAAACAAAUCAGAUAAGUGACAAUUCAAUGACAGUAAGAGUAGGAGCUAGAUACGAAAAAUAUGUGUCUAAGCUGCUAACUGAAAUUGAUCUAGAUGACGCUUUUAGAGAUCGUGUUCUGACAAUUGCUGAUCAUUUGUUAUCCGGACAAAAACACACGGCAAGAUACGAAAGCCAGUUACUUAUCAGAGAUUUUGGAACACAUGUAGUGACAAGCGUUAAUGCUGGAGCAUUAAUCUAUAAAAUUGAACAGUUGAAUAGAACAGCAGUCCAAAACAGUGACAUGAAAAGAUCAGACAUUGCAAAGUCUGCUGGAUUUUCAUUUUUCGGGAGUGGAAUUGAAUACAACCAUGCCUCAGCGACAUCCGAAACUACGGUUACAAAAUAUCUGUCUCUACGAACACAUUCAUCAGUCCGAACUCACGGAGGUCCGUUAUUCAAACCAGUCAAUUUCAGUAUAAAUGAAUGGGUUGAUGGUAUUAGUAGUAAUUUAGCCGCUAUCGAUCGUUCUGGUGAUCCGCUUAACUUCGUAAUAAACUCUGACAAUUUUGCACAGAUUCCAAUUUCAAUUUUAGAACAAACGGCGUCAUUGGUGGAGGAAUCAAUUGCAACGUACUAUAGAUACAACACCAUCAAAGGAUGCACGAAUGAAAAUUCUCCUAAUUUUAAUUAUAUAGCGAACGUUGACGAUGGUUCUUGUCACGAUGCUGGUGUGAAUUUGACAUUCGGUGGUGUUUUCCAAACUUGCAGUUAUGAUGGUAACCUCUCGGAAAAUUUAUGUGAUGCCUUGACAACACAAAAUCCAAAGACGGGAGCUGACACUUGCCCAGAAGGAUACGACGUGGUCCCUCUUUUCUCCGGUAAUACAUCUAAAACCGAAAUGACACAAGAAUGCAGUAACUAUUUCAUCUUUUGGAAGAAAUGUCAAAAUUUACCCCAUUUUGGUUCUGCUACUUUUCAAUCUUAUUGGUGCGCAGCCGUAAAAAACAACGUUCCUGACAAUUCUGGUUACCUAUUUGGAGGACUUUUUACAACGGUGUUUCCCAAUCCGUUGGCAAAUGCUCAUGGUUGCCCAUCAGUCUUUUCACCUUUACAUAUCACAUCCGAUUUAACAAUAUGUGUGAGCGAUGAUUAUCAAAACGGAGAAAGAUAUUCGGCACCAUUUGGAGGCCUCUUCAGCUGCCAGAAUGGCAAUCCAUUGGCAAACAAGUAUUACACAACUGGAUCUCCGCCAAAAACUUGUCCAAGUGGUUAUAGUGAACAUCUUGCUACUGAAGACGAAGGAUGCGAGGUGAAUUACUGUAUGAAAACGAAAUCUUCUGUUCUCUCUUCUCAAAUCAAAAGCCCGCCAUUUCUUCGGCAACGUUUGGAGCGUAAUGACAAUAGCAGUUACAUAAUAAGCAAUAAAGGAACAAGUUGGACCAGUAUUUACUUCGUUCCUGCAGGUUUUACAGGUUUCGUGGAAGACGUUAAAGGAUGGAUAACAAAUGACGGAAAAGACUUAAAUAUCAUCGAAUUGCUAAAGGCUAAAAAUGGCGCUACAGAAAGUAAACAAACGCAGUUUUCAGAAAGUACCAAAGAUAGACUUAAUAGUUUAGGUGCAAUUAAAGAGAGAAAGGGUACAAGGAAAAUGUCUUCAUUUGAAAUCGCGAUUGUUGCUGCGGUGUCUGUUAUUGCAACAUUGAUUUCAAUUUUCGUUGCCGUCGGAGUUUUAUCGAAGAUUACAAGGAAACGUAACCAGAAGGUGGAAUAA